AUGAAGAAGGAAAUUCUUGAUGCUCACAACGCCAACAGAAGAAAGGUGGAGCCUACGGCCAGCAAUAUGCUAAAAAUGGUAAGAUGCAAUUUACUGACAUUGCUAGCUAUUGUUCAUAGGAUCACAGAGUUGAAAGGGAUCUUGGAGACAUGGAGUGAAGAAGCCGCAAAGGGUGCAGAAACAUGGGUUCGAAAAUGUACAGGAAGACGCAGUCCCCAAAAGGGGAGAAUUGUAGAUGGAAAAUAUUGUGGUGAGGGUACAUUGCAAGCAACUUAUCCCAGCACCUGGUCAGAAGUAAUUGAAACAUGGUAUAGUAAACGGUCUAAUUUCCAGUAUGGCAUUGGACCAGUUAAUCCAAAGAAAGACAUUUAUAGCUAUACUCAGCUCAUUUGGUAUAACUCACAUGAGAUUGGAUGCGCACUUGCCUACUGCCCAGAAAAUAGCUACGCUUUCUUCUAUGUCUGCCGUUACUGCCCAGCAGGGAAUAUUCAAGGAGAAGUGCUAACACCCUAUAAAGCAGGCCCACCGUGUGAAGAUUGCCCUAACCACUGUGAAGAUAAACUCUGCACCAAUCCAUGUAGGUAUGUGGAUAAUGCAUGGGGCUGCAAAGAACUGAAAAAAAUGUUCUCAUGUAAAGAAGCAACAAUGGUCACUGAAUGCCAAGCUACCUGUGAAUGCUCAGCAGAACUUCUAUUUGAGAAAAAACAACUAACCACGAUUGCAGCCCUGCAAGGGAAUGUAAUAAGAGGAAACCCAAAACCCUACAAAGAAGGUCCACCAUGUGAAGACUGCCCUAACAAUUGUGAAGAUAAACUCUGCACCAUUUCCUUAUGCCAGUACAUGGAUACUACAGAAAAUUGCAAAGAUCUGCUACGUCUGUUCAAGUGUGAUAAUCAGCUGAUGUACCAGCAAUGCCAAGCCACCUGUAGAUGUGGAAAAGCCAUUAUAUGACAUACACCUCAGCAUUGCAAGGUUGAUCUUGAGGCAUUUGUUCUUAAAUGGAAGCGGGUAAAUAAUAAGCACA